GAGCGCCGGAUGUGUGUGUGGCGUUGCGUGCGUGUUUGCGGAGGAGCUGUCAUGUCGCUGCUGUUCUCAGAGGAGGACUUUGAGGAGGCCUGGAAGGAGCUCGACGAGCGUCAGCUAGACGGGGGUUGGGAGUUCUUCCUCCAGACCAUGGACGUGGAGAUCUACCGGCUUUAUAAAAAGGAAACUGGACUUUAUGAGUACAAAGUCUUUGGUGUUCUCUCGACGUGCAGUCCAGAGCUGUGUGCAGACGUCUACAUGGACUUGGAGUAUCGAAAACAAUGGGAUGGAUACGUCAAAGAACUGUACGAGAAGGAGUACGACGGCCACAACGCCAUCUACUGGCAGGUGAACUACCCGUUGACCAUGUCAAACAGAGACUAUGUGUACGUGAGGGAGCGACGAGAUCUCCAUGUGAACGGCAGGAAGAUCUGCGUGAUCCUGGCAAAAAGUUCUCCAGAGACACCGUGUCCAGAAAAACGCGGGGUGGUGCGGGUGAAGGACUAUAAGCAGAGCGUCGCCCUGGAGGCCAACGGUUCCUCUGGGACUAAAGUUUUCAUGAAUUACUUCGACAACCCCGGUGGAAUGAUUCCUACCUGGUUGAUCAACUGGGCAGCGAAGACUGGUGUUCCAGGUUUCUUAACAGAUAUGCAGAAAGCCUGCAGCAACUACAAAAACUGCUCUCAGAAGAAAUGAACACCUCAUUUGCACAAGAAUUAUGGACAGCAGCCAGAUUUUACCACAGAGCCGCAUACAAGUACCAGAGAGCGCAUUCCCAAUGCUGCCUGCUAAACACGAAUGUCCCUUCAUCAAGAGCAACAUUACAAUUUGUAACCAGCCAAAAUAUUGACGAAGUGCCCGGUUGUGACAUGUUUCAUGUGCAUUUUCAAUGCAGAUAUGUGAGUGAACACACACGGGAUAAAAGCCCGUAAAAUACGUGUUAAAAUACCAUUCUGACCUCGAUAUGAAGCCAGUAAAAUUAAUGUACAUUGAAUUAUGUAAGGAAAGUAUUAAACCGACACUCACACAUCCCCAAAUAUUAGAGUUGAAAGUUACAUGGAUCCGAUCUGUUCCAACUGCAAUCAGCAGCUGAGUCGGAGGGCCUCAAUCAGCUGAGACACUCAGCGUAGCUCAUCAAUCCAUUACUAUAUAUACAGUAGUGUUCAGAAUAAUAGUAGUGCUAUGUGACUAAAAAGAUUAAUCCAGAUUUUGAUUAUACUUCUUAUUGUUACAUGGGAAACAAGGUACC